AAUCGACUCACACUUGUCACCGACGAUAGAGAUCUAUUGAUGGGUCUCACCCCCCAGCUGACGGCCCCGCUCCUCUUCUGCCUGCUAGCAUGUACGACCGCCAGCCCUGCUCACAGAUGUGACAGCGCCUUGCAAGAGAUCAUCAAGACCCUGAACACACUGUCAGGGAGAAAGACUCCGUGCACCGAACUGACUGUAGCGGACAUCUUUGACUUUGCUGGCCCCCAGAACACAUCUGAGAUGGAAAACCUCUGCCGGGCUAUGACUGUGCUUCAGCAGACCUACCAAAAUGGCAGUGAACUAACUCAGUGUCUGACCAGACGCAAAGAACACGACAUUCUCCAUCAUCUGAGAAGACUCUACAGGGCGCUCUACAGCAGGGUCACGUUGAAACACUGUCCUGUGAAUGACUCCAAUAAGAGCACAUGGAAACACUUUUUGGAAAACCUAAAAAGGCUGAUGAAGAAGAAAUAUUUACAGUGUGGAAGCUCGACAUUUUAA